GUGGGGGUUCUCGGUCUCACUUUUCUCUCGUGUUGAAUAUACAAUCACUCUCAUCCUUCUUCUUCUCCUUCUCCUUCUCCUUCUCCAUCAGAGCCAUGAAGAACCUCUCCACCAUUCUCGUCCUCGCGGUUCUAAUCACCUGCGGCGCCACCUUAGUCAGAUCGGACGGCUCCGAUCACCGCUACAAUGAAGGCGACGUCGUCCCCCUCUACGCCAAUAAGGUCGGCCCCUUCCACAACCCCAGUGAGACGUAUCGCUAUUUUGAUCUGCCAUUUUGCUCACCAGGUGAUGUGAAGGAGAAGAGGGAAGCUCUCGGGGAGGUGCUGAAUGGAGAUCGUCUAGUGAGUGCUCCUUAUAAACUUGAGUUCAGGAAAGAGAAAGACACCGAAGUUGCUUGUAGAAGGAAGCUGACCAAGGAGGAAGUUGCUCAGUUUCGAAAGGCUGUGAAAAAGGAUUACUACUUUCAAAUGUACUAUGAUGACUUGCCCAUCUGGGGGUUCUUAGGAAAGGUUGACAAGGAAGGAAAAACUGACCCAAGUGAAUACAAAUAUUUCCUGUACAAGCACAUCCAAUUUGAAAUUCUAUACAAUAAAGAUCGUGUGAUCGAAAUUGGCGCCAAGAUGGAUCCUCAUUCAGUUGUGGACUUGACAGAAGACAAGGACGUUGAUGCGGAUUUCAUGUACACUGUGAAAUGGAGAGAGACAAAUAUUCCAUUUGAGAAUAGAAUGGAUAAGUACUCACAGUCCUCUUCACUGCCACAUCACUUGGAAAUUCAUUGGUUCUCAAUCAUAAAUUCCUGUGUCACAGUUCUCCUUUUGACGGGUUUUCUUGCAACAAUUCUCAUGCGAGUCUUGAAGAAUGAUUUCAUGAAGUAUGCCCAAGAUGAGGAAGCAGCUGAUGACCAAGAAGAGACAGGUUGGAAGUACAUUCAUGGUGAUGUUUUCCGGUUUCCCAAGUAUAAAUCGUUGUUUGCUGCUGCCCAUGGUUCUGGAACCCAGUUGUUCACCCUCACAGUGUUCAUUUUUAUGCUUGCACUGGUCGGUGUAUUUUAUCCAUACAACCGAGGAGCUCUGUUCACUGCUCUUGUGGUCAUAUACGCACUCACAUCUGGCAUUGCGGGAUAUACUUCAACCUCUUUAUACUGUCAGCUUGAAGGGACAAAUUGGGUCAGAAAUUUAUUACUUACUGGGUGCCUUUUUUGUGGGCCUCUGUUCCUGACAUUCUGCUUCCUUAACACAGUUGCAAUUGCUUAUAGUGCAACUGCAGCUCUUCCUUUUGGUACUAUUGUGGUAAUUGUCCUUAUCUGGACAUUGGUAACAGCACCAUUGCUUGUCUUGGGUGGUAUUGCUGGGAAGAACAGUAAGGUUGAGUUCCAUGCUCCUUGUCGCACCACAAAGUAUCCUCGAGAAAUUCCAACUCUGCCAUGGUACAGGACAACUGUUCCUCAGAUGGCAAUGGCAGGAUUUCUCCCUUUCAGUGCGAUUUACAUUGAGCUUUACUACAUAUUUGCCAGUGUCUGGGGUCACAGGAUUUACACCAUCUACAGCAUUCUGUUUAUUGUUUUUCUUAUUCUUUUGAUUGUCACUGCCUUUAUAACUGUGGCUUUGACCUACUUCCAACUUGCUGCUGAAGAUCAUGAGUGGUGGUGGAGGUCUUUUCUUUGCGGUGGAUCGACUGGCCUAUUUAUCUAUGGUUACUGCUUGUAUUACUACUAUGCUAGAUCAGAUAUGUCUGGUUUUAUGCAGACAUCGUUCUUCUUUGGUUACAUGGCUUGCAUUUGCUAUGGCUUCUUUCUCAUGCUUGGCACUGUUGGAUUUCGUGCUGCUUUGCUCUUUGUUCGUCACAUUUACAAGUCUAUCAAGUGUGAAUAGCGGGUUAGCUGGAUCUUUUCGGUGAAUUGGUCCUUGUUUCUUCCUUUAAAACAUCGGAAAAAAUCUACGAUUUUUGGUAGAAGGUAGAUGAUAGAGUGCCUUCAGAAGCAGCAGAGGACGCAAGGUUUCCUAAAUUAAAAGGUGUUUUGAACCCUCAGUACGGCUCUUGCUUCAGGCUCUGGGAAGAUGUGGUGCUCCUGAUUCCUGAACUCUUCUUCACUAUUUUAGUGUAUCUAUGUGACACGGGAAUAACUUGUAUUAACCACAUUUUACGUACUCUCUGAAAGUGCUCUGUCCUUUGUACCCUCGAGUAAUUUAGCCAAGUGUUUAUCUAGCUAUUUAACUUAUAUGUAUCCAGUAUUUUCAGUA